AUGGGUGGCGCUUCGUCAGGAUAAAUAUACCCUUGUCGGCUCCAGGAGUAGAAUGGGCAUGGAUUGGCAACCUGCCAAACACCUUAAAUAAGGCACUCUUCAUGAUGUCGACAAGCCAGGCUAAUCCACGACCAGCUUCUUCUUACCUAGAGUUUACAUACCAGAAUCCACUUGGGACCUACCACAAUGCUACUGCUGAAUGGUGCUCAGCAUACAAGACUGAAAUGGCCAAUGAUGGGUUGUCACAACUUGUUCUGGAUGUACAACAGGCCCCCAAAACCACCGAAAGCCAUACUUUCACGAAACCUGUACACAUCGAUGGCAGCCUGACUCUUCCUGCAGGCUCGGCAGUUUCGGAAGUGAAAGAUAUCCUCUGCCAAUCUGAAUCCAUGGCAGUGGACUACAAGUUCCAUGCAGACACAAGGACGCUAAUUGAUGACCGGAAGGCUCUCGAAGUUCGGCUUGCAGGAGUUGCCAACACCGUCUCCCAAUCCAGAUCCAUUAACAACCCAGACUUGGAUGGACUUCACUUUGCUCACCUGGUUACUACAUGCAGUACACCAGGAUGUGUUGCCAGUACAGUUGACUCUCUAACGGCAGACACGGUCAAUGGUGUUGUAGCCUCUUAUGACGGUGUUGCCCUAUUGAACAACACAAAUGUGAAGCUCAACCUAACCUUUGCUGAAGUAGCAGUGGCAGGAGGUGCUCUAGCAAUUGUAGAAAACGUCAAGGCUGAUAAUACGGCUGUUAUUCCCAUGAAUGAGCUGGUAACCCUCCACCAGGACCACACCAUAACUGCAGAUGUUGCUUUUGACAAGGUUCUGGUUGAUAACCUGCAAGUCUCUGGUACAGUCGAUGCAUUGACUGUGGACGAUUCUACUCUUCUACUGACCUAUGGUGAACAAACUGUAAAUGGACUGGUAACGGUAGAUGGUGCUGAUAGUACACUAAUAAGUACUACCAAUGUCAAUGGCAGAAACUUCGAUGAUUUUGUAGCAUCUCUCAUUGUGAAUGGAACCACGAUACUUUUGAAGGACUGCUGGAAGUAGGUGAUGAUCUAAUAGCGCCCAACAUAGAUACUGUGGAAAGCAUGACGCCCCUUAACCCUGUAGAUGUUAAGGCCCGUGCACUCCUCCACACAACAACAAACACCCAAGUUGUUACUGGACUCCAUAGUGUUGGCAGCCUGGAGGCAGUUAAUGGAGUUUGGUUUGACAAUCUGAAUGGUGUUCUAGUACCAGAUGAGGUAUUCCUGAAGGAUGAAACGGUGACUGUCUCUGUUCCCACCACUUUCGACUCUAUCUCGGCUCAGAGUAUUCAAGUAACAAAU